AAAACAGCUGUAAACACGAUCCCACAGUCAACGAUGAGGAUGGCCUCUGAUGAAGCAAAGAAACUGCUGAAGCGUUUUUAUUUGCUUCAGGAGGAGAGGGUCCAUACCUACCAGCUCUUUGAGGAGGGCCACAUAGCCUACCUAAGCAGCGCACCAAAUUACAACUUUCCCAUGUACCGAGAACUUGUCUACAGAAUAACUCAAACAUUUAAAAAGAUAUCAGAGGAAAUCAUCUCCAUAGAGAAGAAACUAAAGUCUGAGCAUGAUUUGCCAAAUGUUGCUCUAUUUAUUGGGAAAGUACAGGAUGAUGAAAAAGUUAAAUUAGAAUUGACUGCAAGGUUACAGAUAGCCAAACAAAGUUCCAUAGAUCAUGCAGAAGAAAUGGCAUAUAAAGAAGAAGUCAUCCAAAUACAGGAGAAAAUGAGAGAUGUUGUUGAGAGAAUUAACGAACAUUUAGAAGAAUUAAAAUAUGAAUCGGAGAGUUUAUACUCAUAAGAUCUAGUCAGGUUUAGUUCAUCGAAUUCGAAGUGUCACUGGGACAGGAAAACUGUUCAACAGAGUCCAACAAGAUUAUAUGUCUCUAACUUUAUGCAGCAAAAAGCCAAUCAAAAAGGGAGUAACUCAGGAAAAGCAUCACAGAGCUCUUGAGUGCAGUGUGUAAGUGGAAAUACUGUGAAAUCAAUUCUAAGAGGUCAAUGAUCUGCGACCUUUUAGGAAGGAAGUUAAAGUAUAUUCAAGUGUAUUUUUGUCCACCGAAUGUGUUCUUUCAGUUCAGGUUGGAAAAUCUGUGGUGAUAUUAAAAAAGAGUGAAUUCUUAAGCAUUCACAUUUGGUCCAAACAGAGGGCAUUUUAGAAAGUUCUACACCAUAUAGCUGUGGUAGGGAGUUCUAGAUUGAUGUGGUGUAGUAUACCAUUUUCACUGAUAUGAUAUGAGAGGUGUCUGCUAUGGGAGGUUUUACCGUACAUGUAUUGGAUAUUGUCAUUAAAUCUAAGAGGCAUAUUAAGGAAAUAAUUGUGAAGCUUUGCUGUUGUUAAAUUUCUGUGCUAUAAAUUAUAUUCCAACAUCUUGACCCAUCAACGGUUAACAUUCCUGAAUUGAUCUGUUUAAUGUGAAUACCCCUAUGUGAAUUGUGUGAAUGUUAACCCUUGAAGCUUCAAGAUGUAUUUCUAUGACUUUGGUAUUUUUUACAUUUGUAUAAGUAUCGAUAUUUUGGGGCUGAACCUUGGCAUGCUUUCAGCAGAUUUUUGGAAUAGAUUUGUUCAAAAUUGUAUUGUCCAAUGGUUUCAAUCAGAAGGGAUAAAUGGGAACUUUUUGAAAUGUUAGCAUUUAGAUUUGGUUUGACAUGUGGGGUUCCUUAGUAUACAAAACCUACUUCCUGGCCUACAUGAAAAGGCAGUGUGUGUGUGAUUGGGGUUGGUGAUUCAAAGUGAGAAAGUGUGUCACGUGCUCUUUCUCUCAUCUGGACAGCCAAAUGGGUCAAAGUGAAAGGCUUCUGUUGGUUCUUGGACAUUCACAACUGUGUUCACAAAUAAAGUUUUGUUAAUGCAAGUUCUACCAAAAUCAUGUACUAGUGAUAAAUUUAAUGUGCUUUAUGUAAAUAAGAUAUUGUACACUGGUAAUCUUGUAAUAAAAGUUGAA